GGACACGAAAGGAAGGAGAACGUAAUCUAACGAACAAAGAGCGUGAACCGCGUCUUGCUGUUGGACAGAUUGGGAGAAACAAAGAAAGACAUUCCUAUUGAGGACCACAUCGUUUGAAGAAACAAGCUGAAAAGAAGAUGACCAGAUCGAAGUCGAUGACUGUAUUGGGCAACCGCAAUACCAGAAAGAACAUGCACACUGAUCGCAUGUCUGGAGCUGCAUACUACUCUACCACCAAGAAGCAUGGUGCUGGCAAGGGCAACUGGGGUCGUCCUGGUGACGAACUCUCUGUGCCGUCAAUCGACGAGCAGGACCCCGCAUACGACAGUGCGGACGAGCUGUUCCAGAAGGCCUUUGGUACCUCACCACCUUCGACUUCUUCGUUCGACUGGUCUGCAGUUCAGGACCUUUCAGACGAGGAUCAGAUGGCAAUGAACGAGAUCGAAGAUGCCAUGCGCGAGGAGUGGAUGAGGAACUACGAGAAGGAGGCGGAGGAUAUCUCCGAUGAGGCUGAGGAGUUCUUUGGACAAUAAUUGAUGCUUUGGUUGAUUUUUGUACGUACGAAGAACUUGGGGCAAUGGACAGCAGAGGAGCUGAGCCGCGAGUUUCUGUUUUAGUAGUGUGAAAUAGAAAAAGGAAAAAAGAAAUUUUGAACAGAGCAAGUUUUAUUCUUGAAAAGUGAAAUAAAAAAAACCGGUAAACAAA